AUGAGCAGCAGCAGCGACAACAGAAUGACCUCGUUCUCCCUUUUCCGUUCCCGAAAAUCGGGCGCGGAUGGGAUGAGGAAUAGCAGCACUUUGGCGGCGGCGGCGGGUCAGGCAGCACUGGGUCUGGGACAAGGGGCGGCAGCACCAACGGCGGGACUAUGGGACCAGCAGCAGCAUCAACACCUUCUUCCGGGGAUGGGAAGCAACAACAGGACGGCUGGUAGCACCGGGGCGCCGGACCAGUCGCGGACAGCCUCUGCGCUCGGCUUUGUGUCGGGCCUGUUUGGCGGCGGUAGUGGAACAACAGGAGGCAACGGUCGGCACCCGACCAUCGUGGUGUCGGAUCCGUCGCCGCUCAUGUCGCAGACGGGCUCGUGGUCGUCGUCGUCCCAGCAGAUGCCAACAGCAACGGGCGGCGGGACCACGAUGGCGUCGAUCCACCCAGAACGUGAUGAAGUGUAG